AUGGGUCCCUCGCAUUCACUAUCCACGCCCCAAUUCGCCGCUAAGUUUUUAGCGAGGGAGCUGGCAGCAGCUUCUUUCUUGAAAUAUUUGGCCGGAAAUUUGUUUUUCCGGCGAUGUCAUCUGCAAAUUCCGGCGCUCUCUUGCAGAGUCCGAGUUCAUUUCCGGCGCCAUUGCCCGUGAGAUUCUCGAGAUGGAAAGUUUCGUACCCUGUGCUGGUUCGUGGGCAAGAUUCGUGUUCUUCAGGGUUUCUGAAGUCGCCAUCUCUGGAUCGUUCAUAUCAUGGCAGGGUGAUGUCAGCUUUCACAGCUGAACUAUUUGAGGCGACACUGAGGAGAUGUAAACCUCUCUCUCUGGUUUGUUCAUUGGAAAAUUCUAGACUUUUUGUAGCUCGAUGUCAAUCAGAGAUGACUUUUGAGUCUUCUGAGCUUAAUCUUGAUCAUCAACAAGGAGACACGCUUAAGGUGACUCAGGACAUUGUGCAAAAUGAGAAUGGCCCUUUGAUGAUGAUGAAGAAUGCAAAUUCUAUCCUUCCUCAUGUUGUUAUUGCAAGUACAGUGCUGGCUCUUAUCUUUCCACCUUCUUUCACAUGGUUUACGACCAGGUAUUGGGCUCCUGCACUUGGUUUUCUGAUGUUCGCUGUUGGAGUAAAUUCAACUACUAAAGAUUUCUUAGAGGCAGUUAAAAGACCGGGUGUUAUUGCUGCUGGCUUCGCUGGUCAAUACAUCAUCAAGCCUCUUCUAGGAUAUAUUUUGGGUACCAUUGCAGUAUCUCAUUUGCGUCUUCCUGAUCCUAUUGGUUCUGGGAUAAUGUUAGUUUCUUGUGUUAGUGGGGCACAGCUUUCAAAUUAUGCCACUUUCCUAACAGACCCAGCUAUGGCUCCCUUAAGCAUAGUUAUGACAUCAUUGUCGACAGCUACAGCUGUUUUUAUUACACCCUUCCUAUCGCUUCUACUCAUUGGAAAGCGCUUGCCUGUUGAUGUUCGAGGAAUGAUGACUAGUAUAAUGCAGAUUGUAAUUGCACCAAUUGCUGCUGGCCUGCUUUUGAAUAGGUGAUCAUCUUCAUGACUCUAAUUGCAUGCUUGUGUUCUCUAUGCCAAUUUUUAACUUGGGAAUCCAUCCUUCAUUUAAGUAUUUAAUUAGGUCUUGUCAAACUAAAUUUAGAUUGCAAUGCUUCUGAUAUGAUCAACAUGCUUUGCAUGUCAAGUUCAGCGCCUAUAUGAGUUAACAUUUUGUUGCUCUGUACUUGUUUGGACAUCAUACCUGAAAGGUGUUAUCUUCUAAUUAAUAAUUUUAGGACUGCACAGCAUUUUCUAUUUGGCAAUUGGACUAUACCACUAGGAAUAAACUCUAGGCUAGGUGGUCAGGGUGGCAUGGUGCUAUAAUGUGCCGUCUUGAGUUUGAUUGCUACCACACCUCUUCCCCAUUAAACUUCCCAAAAGGAAUCGGGCCUAGGAUCGACUGUUUAGCAGUUGAUUUUAGCAAUGCUACAUCUCAAGUUCGACUUCUACCACUGAACUACCCAAAAAAAAAGAAAUCUAGGACUACACAGCACUGUGUAGUUUUGCUUGUUACUAGUCGCAUGGAUGGUCCUUUGUGCUAUCUUUCCAAAGUUGGGAACUUGUUAGGCAAUUCAUUAGUGUAGAUUGCCAUGUGUCUUGUAAGAUGGCCAAACACGCUAUGCCUGCCACUGAAUAGCUGGACAUAAUGAUAAAAAGCACUUCACUUCUUUUGAUCUCAGUUAUUGAAUGACAAGCGUUCCGUUUAUUUGUUUUGCAUGAAUACUGACAAGAGGCUGGUUUAUAUACAAGAGUUCCGUUUUUUUUUUGCAUGAAUAUUGACAAGAGGCUGGUUUAUAUUAAGGUUGGAUUUUGCCAUUUAAAACAAUGUGUCCAAAGAGAUGACUGAGUAUUUUAUUCAUGCAACCUGCUAGAUUUAAUUUGGAUUAUACUUGUGGCUCAUGGUGCUUUUUUGUUAGGAGUUAUUCACUUUCAAGUAUUUGUACA